AUGGCUGCCAUCAUACAUUUGUUUGCUGAAGCUAGUACUAAAUUCACACUUGAGCUGUACACGCAGCUCAGAGGAUCAGACGGCAACAUCUUCUAUUCUCCGACCAGCAUCACGACAGCAUUAGGAAUGCUUCAGCUUGGAGCCAAAGGAGACACUGAACAACAAAUUGAGAAGGUUCUUCAAUUCAAUGAAACAAUCAAGAAGACAACAGAAAAAUUUGCAGACAGUCAUGAUGAAGAAAACAUGCAUGAAUAACUUUAAAAGCUUAUGACUCAGUUAAACAAAUCCAUUGAUGCUUAUGACCUGAAGGCUCUCAACAGUAUCUAUGGAGCAAAGGAUUUCCCAUUUCUCCAGACAAUUUUGCAAGAUAUUAAGGAAUAUUACCAAGCUAACGUGGAAUCACUUGAUUUUUCACAUGCUUCAGAAGAAAGCCAAAAGGAGAUUAAUUCCUGGGUGGAAAGCCAAACAAAUGGUAUUGUAUGGAAGGGUCAUGGAGGAAGUACCAGAGAUUAUGGGAGGGUCAUCAUAAAUGUAAAUGCAGUGUAUUUCAAAGGACAAUGGAAUGAUAAAUUUGAUGAAAAGCAUACCACAGAAGAAAAGUUUGUACAGAACAAGCUAUGUUUGGAAAAUACAAGUAAACCUGUCCAGAUGAGGAAACAAAGAAACGAAUAUAACUUCAUCUUUUUGGAAGAUGUGCAGGCCAAGAUUGUGGAAAUACCAUACAAAGAAUUACAUCAACCUUUUUUCCUGGUCAAUGUGUUGACUCUUAUAGAAAGGUUCCAGGGAGAAGUCACCAUCAUAAUUCACCCUCAUGCCAAAAACUAG